GCAACUAUGUAAACAAUCCCUCUUCACAGAUGGCAAAAUCAGGGAAGAAUGUCCACGUUACAGAAUACUUGAACCAAAAUAUAAAGACUCUAUCAGAUUUAAAAGAUGUUCAUAAAAAUAUAAAAGAAACUGUUGAGUCAUUAGGACAACAAUUACAUGAAGCCAGUUCAAGUUUGCCUACUGAGAUAGACUAUGCUACACAAGGUGCUAAUGAUACACAGACUGAGGUGACGAACAUACAACACCGUAAAGAUAACCUUCAUCAUCAGGUUGUGGAACAUGUUAAAAAUCAACAGGAUGUUUGUAAAGAACUGGAAAAAGUUACCACAGAAAUUCAACAGUAUCAGUAUUAUCUGGCAUACCUACAGCUGAUAGAAGAAGUUGACAAAAUGAGUUCAGAUAUUCAGACGGCUAUGUUGACAGAUGUCAUGACUAAUGCUGUGGAAAGUUUUCAGACCAUGACACAUGUCUACCAUAAACACAGUGGAUCCCAUUGUAAACAUCUACUCAAAUUCAUCAAAGAAACAAUUCUAUUCUGGUAUAAGAUACUACAUGAAAAACUCGCAAGUGAUUUUGAAGAAACCUUGAAGUCAGUUGGUUGGCCAAUGAUUGGGAAUACAGUCAAAUCUCCACCAGUACACAGUAGUCAACAUUAUGAAUUGCUGGACAAACUAUUUAUGUCACUUUUGGCUAUACAGCUUCCUCAGUCUGUAUCAGAUAAACAAGAUGAACUUCUACUUCCUUUACAACUUAUGGUGCUACCAUUGAAGAAAAGGUUUAAAUAUCAUUUCUAUGGCAACAGAAAAACCAAUAACUUGGAAAAGCCUGAAUGGUACUUGGGGCAGGUUUUAGGAUGGAUAAGAGACCACUCUUCUUUCCUCACUAAAAGAAUACAACCACUACUUCAAAAAUCUGCUUUUAAAUCAAUAAGUGCAAAGAUGGAAUUUAUUAGAGGAAUGGUCAUCUUAGUGACAGAUAAAAUGAAAACAGAUUUACAAGAUAUUAUGAAUGAUGAACACAUAUUUUCUCAUCUGAUUGAUGAAGCCAUUUUGUUUGAUCGUGAGCUGCAGGGUACCCAUAGUUACCCACAUGUACUACCAUGCUGUCUGGAUGUGCUCACUGCUGGCGAGGCUUUUAAUGGAUGGAUCUUGAUUGAAGAAAAAUUUGCCAAGGGUAAGAUGGAUUUAAUGUUAUCAUCAGAAACGGCAUGGCAGUCACAGUACCAGGGACUUAUGGAAAUGGAUGAAGCUAACCUUCCUGAAUGUGCAGAAAGUUUUAUCACUUUAAUGUUGACAAUUACUGACAGAUACAAGAGUUUAAGUAACCCAGAGAACCAGUUACGAUUUGUUGAUUUACAACUAGAACUGUUAGAGGAGUUUAGGAUACGUCUCGUACAGGUGAUGGACAAACAUGAUCCACUGGGAGAGCAGUCGUGUGCCAUAUUUAAUGCUAUUUAUUAUUUGACAGAGGUUUUACAGGAAUGGAAUAACUCUGCUCAUUUUGUACAGCUACAAUACUUUAGAAAACAGACACAACCAUGUGAAGAUUCUGUGACAGAUGAGGUCAGUGGAAUGCUGGAAGGAAUUUUUGAUUCCUCUAUUUUCCUUCUUGAUAAACUGACUGAGCAGAUGUUAAAGAAUUUAGUACAUUAUAUGUAUACAGAUAUAUAUGCACACAGUCAUUUGUACAGAAAGCAAAGGUGGAAUAUUUUACCAACAACAAAGGACUCUUUAGGACUGUCAAUAAAUGCUUGUGAGAUGUUACUGGUGUUAAAAGAUCAUUUGCUGAGAGUCGAGUCACUACUAAAUAAACCAAUCUUUACCAAAAUAUGGCAGAGAUUAGCUGGACAACUGAACAAAAUGGUUGUGAAUGAGAUAAUAAUACCCAACCAAUUCAAUGAAACUGGUGCUAGUCAGAUCGAGUUUGAUAUGUGUAGAAAUCUGUUUCCAUUGUUUGGUGAAUAUACACAGAAACCAGAGAAUUAUUUUAGAGAGAUAAAAGAGGCAUGCAUACUUUUGACAUUAAAAACUGGAUCAGCUAGUUUAUUGAAAGAACUUUUAUGUGAAGAAAAAGAAGCAGUGAAAAAACAAAAUGCCUUACAUGAGCAGCAAAUAUAUAAACUUAGUCCAACAAAAGCAUUAGAUGUUUUGAAUACUAGAUUUAAUUUACCCAAAACUCAUUAAAAUGUGAUAUUAUAA